AGCUGUUCCCAUGGCGUGUGGGAAGUGCAGCGCUUCAGCACCCACUCAGGAUCCAGCGCGUGGGGACAUCACCCUCUUCCAGCUCAGAGGCCUGAAGUGCAGAUAGCAAAACCCAGCUGCAGGGUGAGCCAUGAUUCCAGUCACGGAGCUGCGCUACUUCGCUGACACGCAGCCGGCGUACCGCAUCCUGAAGCCAUGGUGGGACGUCUUCACGGACUACAUUUCCAUAGUGAUGCUCAUGAUUGCUGUGUUUGGAGGGACGCUUCAAGUCACCCAGGACAAAAUGAUUUGUUUGCCCUGUAAAUGGGUGACCAAAGACUCUUGCAAUGACUCUGUUAGAGGCUGGACAAUUGUAAUUCCUGAGCGUACCUACUAUAACUCUAGUCUUGUUCCCUCUACUGACACAGGGCCUACAGGGAUCCGAUACGAUUUGGACCGGCACCAGUAUAACUAUGUGGAUGCCGUGUGUUAUGAGAACCGCCUUCACUGGUUUGCCAAGUAUUUUCCCUACCUAGUGCUGCUACAUACACUCAUUUUCCUGGCUUGUAGCAAUUUCUGGUUCAAGUUCCCAAGGACCAGCUCCAAACUGGAGCAUUUUGUGUCUAUUCUACUGAAGUGUUUUGACUCUCCAUGGACAACAAGGGCACUAUCCGAGACGGUGGUGGAAGAGAGUGAUACCAAACCAGCCUUUGGGAAAAUGAAUGGCUCCAUGGACAAGAAAUCCUCCACAGUCAGUGAGGAUGUGGAAGCCACUGUUCCCAUGCUGCAGAGAACCAAGUCUCGAAUUGAGCAAGGCAUUGUGGACAGAUCCGAGACGGGUGUCUUGGACAAGAAGGAAGGGGAACAGGCCAAAGCAUUAUUUGAGAAGGUGAAGAAGUUCCGCACACAUGUGGAAGAGGGGGACAUCGUGUACCGCCUCUACAUGAGACAAACCAUUAUCAAAGUGAUCAAAUUCAUUCUGAUCAUCUGCUAUACUGUCUACUAUGUCAACAACAUAACAUUUGAUGUUGACUGUAAGGUGGACAUUGAGAGCUUGACUGGCUACCGGAUGUACCGCUGUGCUCAUCCUCUGGCCACUCUCUUCAAAAUUUUGGCCUCUUUCUACAUAAGCUUGGUAAUAUGCUAUGGCUUGAUCUGCAUGUAUACGCUCUGGUGGAUGCUGAAGCGAUCGCUUAAGAAAUAUUCCUUUGAGUCCAUCCGGGAGGAGAGCAGCUACAGUGAUAUUCCUGAUGUGAAAAACGACUUUGCUUUUAUGCUGCAUCUGAUUGACCAGUAUGACCCGCUGUACUCCAAGCGCUUUGCUGUCUUUCUGUCAGAAGUGAGUGAGAACAAACUGCGGCAGCUGAACCUCAACAACGAGUGGACUCUGGAGAAGCUGCGCCAGAGGAUCACCAAGAACUCCCAGGAUAAGCUGGAGCUGCAUCUCUUCAUGCUGAGUCUUGCCUUCUUGAGAGAGAAUUUGAAAUCCCUCCACAUCAAGUUCACAGACAUCAAGGAGAUUCCUCUUUGGAUUUAUAGCCUGAAGACACUAGAAGAGCUUCAUCUGACAGGGAACCUGAGUGCUGAAAACAACCGGUACAUUGUGAUAGAUGGCUUGAGGGAGCUGAAGAGGCUGAAGGUGUUGAGGCUCAAGAGUAACCUCACGAAGCUGCCCCAGGUGGUGACAGAUGUUGGUGUGCAUCUUCAGAAGUUAUCCAUCAACAACGAAGGCACCAAGCUCAUUGUCCUCAACAGCCUUAAGAAAAUGGUCAACCUGACGGAGCUGGAACUGAUCCGUUGUGACUUGGAGCGCAUUCCUCACUCCAUCUUUAGCCUCCACAACCUCCAGGAGAUAGAUUUGAAGGACAACAACCUCAAGACCAUUGAGGAAAUCAUCAGCUUCCAGCACUUGCAUCGUCUCACUUGCCUUAAAUUGUGGUACAACCACAUUGCCUACAUCCCCAUCCAGAUAGGCAACCUCACCAAUUUGGAGCGCCUCUACCUGAAUCGUAACAAGAUAGAGAAGAUCCCCACCCAGCUCUUUUAUUGCCGGAAACUUCGAUAUUUAGAUCUUAGCCACAACAACUUGACUUCCAUACCCCCAGACAUUGGACUGCUGCAAAACCUGCAGAACCUGGCUGUGACAGCCAACAGGAUUGAGAGUCUCCCACCAGAGCUCUUCCAGUGCAAGAAGCUGAGGACCUUGAACCUAGGGAACAACGUGCUGCAGUCGCUGCCAUCCCGGGUCGGGGAGCUGACGAACCUCUCGCAGAUCGAGCUCCGGGGGAACCGCCUGGAGUGCCUGCCCGUGGAGCUGGGGGACUGUCCCCUGCUGAAGCGCAGCGGGCUCGUCGUGGAGGAGGACCUGUUCAACACGCUGCCCUUGGAGGUCAAGGAGCGCUUGUGGAGGGCGGACAAGGAACAAGCCUGAGGCCCUGAAAGGAGGGGAAAAACCUCUGACCAACUAGAAGGAAACAAAAGGCCAUUCCAGUCCCCUUUUCCCCAAAUCCGCCCCUUCCCUCCCCGCUUCCAACAACUACCAGACUAGCCAAGGAGUCCCUGAGGAAACACGGCUCUGAGGGAGGCUGAUUCUUGCCUCAGAUGCAGGAUGGGGGAAGCUUGGGAUCAGGAAGAGAAGCAAGGCAGAUUGGGUGGCUGCAUAGCAGGGUCUGGUGGAGUAAGAGGUGCUGCUGCUCUUCCAGACAGGUAGCAGGGUGAGGUGGAUGGUGCAGGUAAAGGGAAACAACCUCUAAAUAGAGGCAAAAAUAUGUUGAUUGCUGCAUCGCCCCAGGUGGGGCUCGUCAGGGACUGAGUGUUCAGUGUCCUACAAGCAAAGACCAUGAGUUCAGGGAGCCUCUUGAACUUUCAUCUCUGUGUGACACCUGAUACUGUUCCCUCCUAACUCAGCGAUUCAGGCAGAGGCCCUACAGUGGGGUGUGAUAGGAUACAGACAGCUGAUCCUUAUCUAGCUGCUGGCACUGGGAUUUUGGGGGGAUAAAUUUGUCAUACAUCAGCUUGGAUGCAGGAUCCCUUCUUGUGUUACUAAUUGUCUUUUCCCCCUUGUACUCCACACCUUCCCCUCUGGC